AAAUCCACUCCCUAAGUUACAUCUACACGGCCUUCUCCAAACCUGUGGGUCUUCCUGGCUUCCAUGAGUUCACCGCCAUGGGUCUGUUGGACAACAGGAUGAUUGACUACUACGACAGCAAUGAGCAGAUGAAAGUUCCCAAACAGACUUGGAUGAAGGAGAAACUUGAACAGGAGUAUUGGGAAAAAGGCACACAGUCCAGGAGAAGCAAGCAGCAAUGGUUCAAGGUCAACAUCGACAUUUUGAUGAAACGACUGAGACAGAAUAACACAGAUAACCAUGUUCUUCAGUGGAUGCAUGGCUGUGUGGGUGAGAGUCAGCCUGAUGGAAAUCUUAAGUUCAUCCGUGGGAUGGACAUGUACAAUUACGAUGGAAGUGAUUUCCUCUCCUUCGAUGAUGCAAGACAAGUCUGGGUUGCCCCAGUUGAUGCYGCAUUGGAAACCAAGAGAAAGUGGGAUGAUGUCCAGGUCCUGAAGGAAUACACCAAAGGUUACCUGGAGAAGGAGUGCAUGGARUGGAUGAGCAAGUUUAUAGACUAUGGCAAAGAGCAGCUCAAAAAUGCCUCGCCACCUGCAGUGCACUUGUUCAUGCGUAACGCCAAAUUUGAGACAAACGUUUUGACGUGCCUGGCCACGGGCUUCUACCCCAAAGACAUCAUCCUGAAUAUCAGAAAAGGUGACCGUCUCCUAACCAGAGAGGAUGGCGUGAGGACAUCCGGAGUUCGUCCAAAUGAAGACGACACCUUCCAGAGAAGAGACGAGGUGGAGAUUUUGAAGUCGGAUGCUUCCAUUUACACCUGUGAAGUCAUUCAUCGUGCCUCAGGUGUGCAUGUUUCAAGGAGUUUGGGCUGGCAACCAAACGAAGGUGGAAAUCUAAUCCCAAUCAUUAUUGGUGCUGCAGUAAUAGUAUUACUGACAGUGGUCGUUGUGGCGGUUAUUGUGUACAAAAGAAGAAGCUGUGAAGAUUGCUGUGAGCAUGGUAUUGGGUUAAGACCAUGUCCAGCUCCUGCUAGCAGUGGGAUUAAUGGGCAAGUCUAUACAAAUGGUUCUCAAAAUGCACCCCUUAUCAAUGGAUCUUCAAGUGGAAAUAAUCCGCAAACCAAACCAGGUUCAAGGGACAGCUACAGCAACGACGACUCUGGUGUCAGUUCCAAUAGCACCAGCGACCSUGACUCUCCACCUCUAAAUGGUGAUCAGAUCAACGGGAACGAAGAAAGCGUGACGUUUCUGCCCCAAGACGUUUAGGGUCACUAAAAUCAAAUUAAUGAGUUGAGCAAAGAUUUGACCACAGGAUAAACCACAAAAUUACUUCAAUUGAUUUUAUCUUAAAAUAGCUGCUAACUUUUAAAACCCCCUUUUUUUUAGCUUUCUAUAGUGGUUCUGUUGUUUUUUUAACAUGAGUUAAGGGAAAAGUGUGUUGUUGUUUUUUKWAUAUUUGUAGURUAGAGGUCACAAAUGGCGGUGUUACUUGGAUGAUAAGGUUUCAGUUAGACUUUAGACAAGUUAAUCAGAGAUGUGAAUUGAUUUAAUCUCUGGAUGAACAGCUGGAUUUCAAAUGACAGAAGAAUAAGUAGAAAAAGUCUUGAACAGGGCAGGUGUUUUUAUUUUCAAUUAGCUGUCAUUUCAGUUAAAACGACAUUUCAGUGAUUAAAAUAGGUGGGAGAAAAUUUUCAAAUUUUCAAAGAAUGGUUUGUUUCUGUUCAGAAUCUCCCACAUGAAUUUAAAUACCGUAUUUUUCAAACUAUAAGCCGCACCCGCCAUUUUUUUUAAAAAAUCCGCGAACAUUAACAUAUAAGC